AUGGAUUCCCCCAUGAGAGAAGGCGAGUCUCAGUCUCACCAUCGCCAGACGCCGCUAACACGCAACAGCAUACGUCCAACUCAUCGAGGUCAUCGCAACAGGCACCCCGAUCCGGCAACUGCAGAAGCCCACGUCCGCCAGCUCAUCGCCUCCCUCCCCUCCGUCCUCCGCUCCCGCGAUGAAGACCAGCGCACAGCCCUGCACCACGCAGCCCGCCUAGGCCGCAACGCCAUCGUCAACGCCAUCCUUGAGACGACCCCGGAAUGCGACAUCAACGUCCAGGACGCAGACAAGUGCACCCCGCUCCACCUCGCCGCGCGCAACGGCCAUGAGGACGUGGUCAAGACCCUUCUCGCUCGCGGCGCCGACGUGAGAGCGGAGGAGAGCUUCCGAGAGACGCCGCUGCACGAGGCGAGUCGCAGCGGGUUUGCGAGGAUCGUGAGCGUGUUGAUCGAGAAUGGGGCCGUCGUCGAUUCGCCGAACCAGGAUCUGGGAACGAGUUUGCACAUUGCCAGCAGGAGGGGCUGCGAGGAUGCCAUCCGUGUGCUGCUUGAUUCCGGCGCGAACCCGGCGACGAAGGACGCGGUGGGAGAUACGCCGCUCCACGACGCCGCAAGGGGCGGGCACGAGGGCGUGGUGAUGAUGCUCCUUGCGACGGGGUUGGUGUCCAUUGAGGCGCAGAAUGCGAAUGAUUUUACGCCACUGAGCGUUGCUGCGCGGCAUGGACGGGAAGCCAUCGUGAGGAUGCUGGUGGAGCAGGGAGCGGACGUCGACACCAUGAGCAAUGAAUACUGCACACCUCUCCACCAAGCUGCGUCUGAGGGCCAUGACGGGGUCGUUAGAAUCUUGAUCGCCGCCGGCGCAGAUGUGGAUCUUCAGGAUAAAGACGACCAGACGCCGUUGCAUGCGGGCGUGAUGUUCGAACACGAGGCCGUCGUGGCCUCACUUCUCUCUGCAGACGCCGACGUCAACAUCAGGGAUACAGAAGACUGCACACCGCUGCACCAUGCCGUAAAAAACGAGAACAAGAUUAUGGUCCGCGACCUGUUGGAGGCCGGCGCCGAUCCGACAGUCAUCUCGUCGACGGGCGAGACGCCGCAGAGCCUCGCGAAGCUGCUGAACCGCAACUCCAUCGCGGACCUGUUCAACUCGCCGCAGGUUGUGCCGAAGCAGAACGUCGCUUGGAACCUGCGUCCCAAAAGGGCGCGUCCGCCGUCGAAGCCGAACCAGGAGGCCGAGAUCGACGCGUGCCGCCACUUCCAGGGGCUGUUCUGGUGUCCGACGAGCGAGUGCAGCUUCGAGAGUCUGAACAUGUGGGACAUGCUGUACGACCCGGAGACGGAGAUCAAACUUAGCCCGCGGCCGCCGAUGCUCCCUGCGGCGGAGAGUCCGGUGAAGAGUCCCGUGGGCAGUCCGACGAGGAGUCCCGAGCGGUCGAGGGCACAUUCGAGGGCGACGAGCCCGGUGAGGAGCCCGGGGCUGUCGCCUGUUCGCACGCCUACGCACUCGCCCCCUCACUCGCCGUUGCUGCAUCCUCCGAACGGGAAGGGGGGGAACCCGACUACAGGUUUGAACAUGAAGGAGAUGCGGAAGCACGUCAGCCAGCAGCGUCGCAAGAGCUCCUACACAUCGCGGAACAAGGACGAGAAGCCUGUCAAGAGGUGGUUCCACCUCCCCGCGAACAACGUGGCGUGGGUGAUGGACCUCGUGCAACGAAUCUGCGCGAUGGAUCACAAGACGGGUGCCGAGUGCGACCGGAUCAUUGCGUUCAUCGAGGAGACGUUCCACGAAAUUCGGAUCAACGCGCCGUAUCGGAAGCCGCAUUUCAAGAUGGAGGCGGCGGCGGCUGCGGACGGUAGUACUGGCGGUGGUGCGCCUGAGGCGAGCUUCGGACCCGGGAUGCCGUCUGGAGGAGGGCCGAGCACGCCCGCGCCGCCCAAGUCGCAAAUGUUCUCGGUUGUGUUGCCCGUUAUCGAUGUUGACAUUGACGAGGGCACGAAGCAGAAUCUACAAGACGUGCAGCUUGGAGACGAGACGAAGAUGUUCCGCCCGCUUGAGAUGGUGGGGGUCGGAGGGGGGAAUGAUAGGAGAGGACCGCCACCGGGGACGCAGAAACGACAUCCGCUCAGCGCGAUGCCGACGAACCUGCAGCAUUAUCUCUUCCCGCACCUCGCGCACUUUGACGCGAUGGCCAAACUGCGUGCGAGCUUCACAAAGUCGGAGCUUCACGUCCCUCGGUCGCUCGACCAAUCGUAUCACGAAUCCCUCAGCGCCACGGACCUAGCACUGCGCAACGAAAGCCAGGUUCUAUUCCGAUACCUCCGCCGCGUAGAGAAUCGCCUCGCGGGAGCUUCGGGGGCCGCAGGAAACGCCAAGAUCGACGCGGACGCGACGGAGUCCGUGGCUGGCCAGCAACCCCUGACCGAGGAUGGGGCGAACCGGAGCCAGACGACCACGACGCAGCAGCCGAACCCGUUCGACAGGCAUGUGCAGAGGACGCUGUCAAGGCAGAGCAGCUCGAAGCAGAAGAAGACGGACGGGACCAAGGCGGAGCUGGGACGGAUGGCCGGGCGGCAGGACCAGGCGAGUAGUGUGCAAGCCAAGAUCUCGCGGGAGAAGAGGCGCAUGGAUCGAGAGAGGAGGAAACAGAUCUUGGUCGUGGCGCAGCUUUGGAUCUGGAAGAUUGAUGACAACACGAUCAUUAGCGCGUUCCCUGACCGGUGGGACAACAAGAACGCCAAGACGCUCUUGAACAGCAUCAAACACCGCGUGCUUGGCAUGAGGGACAUCCGGUCCGACGACACGGACAUGAUGCGCAUCGUUGAGAGCAUCCUCGAGAGCGCGGUGGGGUACAGCGAGGAGGAGUUUCAUUUCCAGUUCGAGGGGCCGCGGAGUUAUUGCAACGUAUUCGCGGCGUCUAUUGCCAAUGUCUCCAACGAGGUGAUGAAGCGCUACGCCAACUUUAAGGCGUCCAUCAGCAAGAUGGGCACCUCCAAGACGGUGCUCGACGACCUCCGCGCGGAGAUUGAGCUGCUGCAGGAGAUUGACGACGUCCGCGAGGAGAUUAACAUGAUUAAGCGAGUGUUGCGGUCCCAGGAGCGCGUGUUUGACGGGUUCCGCGAGGCCGAGGCGGGCCGCAGGCUCACGGGGCUGGAGACGCAGAGCGCUGUCAAGGCGUACAAGCACCCCACGUUAGACUUUUUCAAGAGAUUGGAGGAGGACGCGAAUCGGGUUCGAGACUCGAUUACCACCUUGUUGGACUUGAGACAGCGAGAGGCCAACAUCGAAGAGGCACUGUCUGCAAGCGAGCAGUCCAAGAUUCUCUUCAUCUUCACUGGAGCGACUGUCGUGUUUGCGCCCAUAUCUUGGGCCACUGGAAUCUUCCAGAUUGACAUUGUCGGACUGGCUCAGCCAACCACGGCCGGAACCCUCCUCCUCUCAUGCUUCGCAACCCUCUUUCUCAUCGCCCUCUCCCUGCCAAUAUACGAAUUCUUCACCCAAGGGAAGUCGAAGCAACUCUGGCGCAGAGUGUCCAACUUCUUCGCCGUCAGGAAGAUGGAGAAGCUGUCCGCCAAGAACCACAGCAAGUCACCGCCCUCGUCGCUCGGCGCGUCGACGCAGCUGAGCAGACAGAGGCGGUCGUCCAUCUCGCAGCCUGUGGCGAGCAUGACUGCCAACGAGAAAAAGGGUGUGAGGAAGAGGCUUGCUGCGCUGGGACGGGGGAGGGAAAGGGGUAGGGAUGAAGAAAAGGGACUGGCCAGGAAGCAUCGUUGA